AAAAAACAGAGCCUCUUCUUUGAUAAAUGCCUCGCGCAUGAAUCAAUCAUCGACCGACUAUUGGGCAGCCAGCUCAUCGUCUGCAAGUCAGCUCUCCAACCGUCGUUGGGCCUCAUGGGUCCCCUGGCCAGGCUAAAUUGUGACGAUGCAACGCUAACACCAUCGGUGCCAGGAGCUCCAGCCAAUCUCGUUGCGCAAGCAGCCGCCGACCCCCGCGAGGGUCGGGGAUGCUCCUCACCACGGCCAAUACAGCAGCCUCAUUGGCUUGCUGGCUCAUGCACCUGGCUCACACCCACCCGUCGCCACAUCGAGGGCUGGCCGCUAGUGUCACGUCCCUCUGUGUUUGACCAUCACCGCUAACUCUAGUUUGUUGCGAAAAGCGGCACCUAUCCGAUGGUGGCCCGCCACACGGCUGUAUGCAACCUAGAGGAGGGUCUGCAGGUCUCGCUUUGUUGGUUGCCCAUCUUUUUCGACCCCGGAGUGAAUUUCAUAUAGUCUCCUCACCGGCCCGCCCAAGCCAGAAGCCAAGUGACUACUGUUCACCGUCGCUGUCGACCUGAUGGCCUUUCACCCUGUUUAAUUCGCCGUACAUGCUACGAGCGCUGCCAUAGAACGACGAUAGGCUUCCUACGCUUUCGUCGACGGUCACCUCUUUGCGUUUACCAAAGGGGCAUAUUGCAUGUCACCAGCCGCAGCAACCGAGCGUCACACAACAGACACCAUUACGAUACCCGAUUAAAACAUCACUUCUACUAGGGAGAGAGAAAAGGGCAAACUUUGUUGCCAUAACCUCACAGUCGCUACAGCAAUAGUUUCAGAGAGCCGCCACACUAGGUGACAAUGGCCCCAAACGUAGAGGCCGCCCUACUGGGCUCAACCAAGACCCUCGUCGACCUGUCUAAGCGACUCAAUAUACCAUUGACACCAACGAGCCCGCCAGGUCUCGUGCAAGCAAAUGUCGUUGACCCGUGGUCAAAGUCUGGCAAAUAUGCGCUUGGAUUCACAUACUUUGCCGUUGCGCUGAUGGGCACAGUCAUCGUCAUGCGUGUGUGGCAUUUCUGGCAAGACAAAAUCCGCCAAGCCAUCUUCAAGCAAGAUCUUGACGCCCAUUACCGAGCAACCUACAAUGUAGACACGAACUUUGUCACCUCUGCGAUUCGAACAGGCAGCUCCGCCCAGUUCUUCCCCGACGGCAUUGGACUGGGCGACAAGCAAUUCAAACCCCGAGCGCACUUCUCUUCCAUUGGCGUUGUCAAUGACACCCUAGCUCUAUUUCGCUGGGUCUUUUACCGACCGAUUCCGGAUAUUGUGGUUGGAAAAUGGCGAUUCACCUUUUCCUCCCUGGCAGUGUUGAUGAGCGUCUUCAUCGCCGCGGCCUUUGUAACCCUCUUUUGCUUCCUCCAACAGCCUUUGUACUGGCAAAGCAUUCGAUUUGGCUCUCCUCCAAUUGCUAUCCGGUCUGGCAUGAUUGCUCUGGCCAUGACACCUUGGAUUAUCGCCACUAGCAUGAAGGCCAACAUCAUGACAGUCCUUAUUGGCAUUGGCCCUGAAAGAUUGAACGUCUUCCACCGCUGGUUAGGAUAUCUGUGCCUGUUCAUGUCCCUGGUCCACAUGGUUCCAUUCUACAUUCAACCUGUCUGGGAAGAUGGUGGCAUGACUGUAUUCAACAAGGUCUUCCCAGACGGUAGCGGUAUCAUCUAUGGCACCGGCCUUGCCUGUAUGGUCCCUCUUGCCUGGCUGUGCCUGGCAUCUUUGCCUUGGAUUCGAAGAGUCGCAUAUGAGCUCUUCGUGAUGCUCCAUGUCCCUGUUGGCUUCAUCUACACGGGAAUGCUAUUCUGGCAUACAAAGAACUAUCUCAUGUCGUGGAACUACUUGUACGUCACGAUAGCUAUCUGGGCGCUCUGCAACAUCAUGAGAUUCUUUAACCUCAAUUGGGUUCGACCCUGGAGGCUCUCCUUCCUUGUUGGCGAUGAAGCCGCCGUCACACUCAUGGCUGAAAACUGUAUCAAGGUCACUAUUCCUACACAGAUACGCUGGAAGCCAGGCCAAUACGUCUACCUUCGCAUGCCAGCCAUCUCUGUGCUGGAGAACCAUCCUUUUACUGUCUCGUCACUGUGCAGUGAGGAUUUCCCUUCGGAAUACGGAGAGAACUAUAGAGACUGUGUGCUCGUGUUCCGCCCCUAUGGCGGCUUUACACGCAAGCUGCUUAACACUGCCUUGGAAAAAGGCCCUUUCCACACCUAUCGCGCCUUUCUGGACGGUCCAUAUGGUGGCAUGCGCCGCGACCUGGCCGCCUUUGAUACGUGCAUUCUUAUUGCUGGUGGAAGCGGUGUCACGGCGCUUAUGUCGCAGCUUCUAAACCUUAUCAAGCGCAUGCGUGAUGGAAAGGCCAUUACGCGCAAAGUCGUGGUGGUCUGGGCGAUGAAGAAGAUUGACUCGAUGGAGUGGUUCCGCGAGGAGCUGCGAAUCUGCAGAGACUCUGCUCCUCCAGAGAGUGUCACUUGCAAAUUCUUCAUCACAGGAGCUGUUCGUGAUCGCGCUGGCCCAGGUGCACAGAUGACAGCACCUAUAAACGGCACAAACCAGCGACAACUCACUCAUCUCCUCCAUGACAAGCUUGAUGGAUUUGUGGCGGGUAUUGCGUCAAAACGCAACUCUGCUCUUAUCCAAGACGUCGCAAAUGGUGAUGCUGAUCGCGAGCGCGAACUGAGGGAAGAAAAUGAGGAUAAGAUCACGGCCCUGCCCCAACAACAAUACCUCCAACCUCACCAACAUUUGUCGCCUUCCCAUGCCCAGCCUCUCAAUCAGCACCCGAUUCAACAGAACCAGGUCAACGACAAUGGUUAUCCUGUAGAAAAGAAACAGCAUGAGCCACCUGCGGAUGGCGAAUUCCACUUUCCCGCUAUGAGCAAAGAGAAUGCUCCUCAUUUUAAUUACAUCCCUGGCACGCAGCCGCACGAGCAGGACUUGUCGGCGAUGCAGCCACCCCAGCCAGCACAUGUGCAUACAGCCGCAGGGCAACGCCCGACGUCAACAUUUGGACCUCCAGCCGGCUUUGACUUUGGAUUCCCCGAGACGCCAACCGAGUUCCAAAAGAACUUGAUGCGCUCUGCGUUCCCCAUUCCGCACGAGAUUGACGGCGGUUGGACUAUGGAAUACGGGCGACCAGAGCUGGGCUAUAUGCUCAAGGAGUGGGCAACAGGAGGCACUGAUGGCCGUGGUAUCCUAGGCAGACGUACCGCUGUCUUUGUAUGCGGACCACCUGCAAUGAGAGUUGGCGUGGCUAACACUGUGGCCAAGCUGCAGGCUGAGAUUUGGGGUGAUGAUGAGUUGGAAGAGAUCUUUUUGCAUACUGAAAACUACGCUUUGUAGAAGUAGCAGUCGUGCUUUCUCUUUUUGUACUAUUUCUUUUAUCUGUUCUUCUUAUAUUCGUUAUAUUGACUCUGGCAACGGAACUUCGGCUUUUUUUUAAGCGGUAUUGGGUGGCUCUAUCAUGACUUCAACUUUUCUGUCCGGUAUAUUGCAAGCAUAUGCAUUGCCUCGCAUUGAUUCUAUGAAAAUUUACACAUUUCAAAUUCUAUU